AUGGGAAUUUGAGUCCCAAUCGUCCCUAUAUCGUUUUCCACACGCCAAAACUGUUAGAAAGCGAACACAACACGUUUCCAACCGAGAUUGUUCUACACAAUGGAUAAACAGUUGGCGAAUGUAAAGAAGAAGACAAUGUCUCUUGUUCGUAUUAAUAUUGUUUUAAUAGUUAUUGAAAUGGUUUUGCUCUUUAUAUUGUUUCUUGCGACGCAUUUCACUGAUGUGUAUACCCACCAGGAACGUGAACUCCAGCAAUAAAUUGGUAUCAGAUGUAUGAUAUCUAACCUAGUACUAGUACCAGUAGGAUGGGCAAGAAGAGUGCAAAGCAGGGCAAGAUGGGAAAGAGUGCUGAUCAGUCAAGUGUUAAAGAAGUCAUUCUUGCAUAUCAAAUAAAUAUAAAAGAGAGAGCACUUGAAGAUCUUAUGUCUGAGGCAGAAAUGCUAGAGAAAGAGAAGAAAAACCUCUACACACAGAAUGAGCAAAUGAAGGAAGAACAUAUCUACCAGAUAAAAUCGCUGCUAAAGCAAGCAAGAGACAUGGAUAAAGAGCUAGAGCAGGCAGCAAUACGCGGUCAGGAGGAGAUAGCUACUACCCUGCGGGAAAAGUGGGAGAUGGAACGGGAGACAAAGAAUGCACUGCAAGAGUUGCAGCAGAAGUUUGAGGACAUGGACCGCAGGAUUGUUGCCGAGCAGCAGGAGAUCGACCGCUGGACGGAAUACCGCGACCACGGCAAGCAGCAGCGCGAGACGCAGAUCCGGCUGCUCGAACAGGAGCUCGCCGAGAUUCAGCGCAGCUUCGAGACCAACCAGCGUCACCUGGAGCACGUGCUCGAAGGAGCGAAGGAGGACAUUGGUCAGAACAUGACGCAGACGCUGGACAUGGAGAAAGAGCUCGCGUCCGAGGAUGCCAUCUCAAUGUUGGACAAGCUCUGCAGACAGGAGAUUAUGGACAACAAAUGGCUCAAGAGAGAGGUAGUAAUCCAUGAGAGGGAGCUUGCUGAACUGCAACAAGCUGUGCAGACACUUGAGCAAGGCAACCUGGAAAUCAUGAGCUGUCUGCUUAACUGCAAAGUAGAAGAUUUGAACGUAACAAGGGGUUUUUUCAUUACACAGUACACGAAAGGGGAUGAGUCUGAAGUUUCAUUACUGAAUAAAUGCCCACUGGGAGAUACUAAGGAGCAGGUGCGUGAGCCGAGCGGAGUUCACAAGGCGGUGAUCGACAAACUUAAAUCCGUCGAAUCGAACAUUGCUGAUGACGCACACGCUGGCAGUGUGACUGACGACGACAACAGCGACGAUGAUGGAGAGGCGUUUGAGAGGUACCUGCAGGAGGCAACAGAGCAGCUGCAGCUGUUGACAGUAACAGGAGUGAAGAUGCCAAUUCACCGGAUGGAGCCAGGUGAAUCGAUCGCAGACACAGGCGAUGAGUCGUCGGACCAGAGCCACAGCGACUGGCCCGUGACACAUACAAUGCUCAAAGGCCUCGUUACAAAAUAAGGCAUGUAACGUGAAGGAACUCCAGAAGUUAUUUUUUUGCAUCUAAUACUGUGAGCUCUUUCGUUUCGCUGGGAGUUGUCGGGAAGACAUGUCAACGCGAGUGAGUAUACAACUGUGAUUCACAUGUGAUCAUUUCUGCCAAAACUCGAUAAGAGAAGAUUGUCCUUUUAUUAAUUUUAGUCACUACUAAUAAAUAGGACACGUAGCAUGCUAACAUUAGCAAUGAUGGCGCUUGAUAUCAUAACUGUGAUUCGUGCAAGGCAGGUAUUUUUUAACUUAACGUGCCUUUAAAACGAGCUGUUCAUGACGAUAUGCGGUCAUCUCAGAAACCUACAUAAGGUUUGCAAGUGCAGAUGUGCAUUUUCCGUACGGGUUUGUGCUGUAAAACCGUUAAUAAUUAAACAAUAAUUAGAUUUUCCCCAUCGUGCAGAGUGUGCUAAGAGCAGAAAAUUUUUCCAUUAAAAAGCAGGGAAAGACUACAAAAGAUUGUCCUGAAAUUUUGCUCAAACGAAAAUGAUUUUUAUUAGAUUCUGCUCUUUGAACCUACACAAUUGACGCUUGUGCUACCGGCAGCUUCUAUACAUAACGUCGUUAUAUGGCAAUAAAUAAUGUUCAUUGUUACAUUCCAAAACGUGUGCCAACAUCUUGUGGUGUGAUAAGUACUCAUGACAGCUAUGUGUGUACGUAUGUAUAUAUAUCUAUUUUCGAAAAGUUGCCAAAUACGAAGUACAAUUGCAACCGCAAUGGUGUGCUGUAUGGGUCAGGGAUAUUUUCUUUAUAAUAUACUGCUUCCGUUAACAAUCGUUGCCGUUGUUCUACGCACUAAAAACGUUGUUUUGUUUUGCUAAGGUAGAUCUUCCAGAGCAUCCUCUAUCACUUAUACCAGAAAUAUACGUAUAAGUGAUCUUUACACAAGUUUUUGCUUAUAUUCGUGUUGCCAACUUGUUAUCUACGGUGUGUUGUUAUCGUUAUUUCAUGAUAAGGGAAUGUUUAACAUUAAAGAGG